CAUUUCCAUUUCCUUAGAGAGAGAGAAAGAGAAAAGAAAGAUAUUAUACCUAUUCUUGAAAUCCUACAAUUUUUCACUCUCUUAAUCCUUUCAAAGACCUACACCUUAAAUAAGACAACUUUGCACAAUCCAAAUUGUGUGUGUAAAGAUUGUAUUAUACACUCAAAAACAAGAAAAACAUCAUAAUCAUUGAGCAAAGAUGCAUAGGGUUUGGGCAUAGUUUUAUGGCCAUUGGCGCAGUCAUGAACAAUCAAGAAGACAAUAGAAGCAAGCAAGAUGAGCACGAAAACGACGUCGUGAUGCCGGGCUUCCGCUUCCACCCGACCGAGGAAGAGCUCGUGGAGUUCUACCUCCGCCGUAAGGUGGAGGGCAAGCGCUUCAACGUCGAACUCAUCACUUUUCUUGACCUCUACCGCUACGACCCUUGGGAACUUCCCGCGCUGGCGGCUAUAGGGGAGAAAGAGUGGUACUUCUAUGUGCCGAGGGAUAGGAAGUAUAGGAACGGAGACCGGCCCAAUCGCGUGACGACAUCUGGCUACUGGAAGGCCACCGGCGCAGAUCGCAUGAUCCGAAGCGAGAAUCUCCGAUCCAUCGGCCUCAAGAAAACCCUCGUUUUCUACUCCGGGAAAGCCCCAAAAGGCAUCCGUACAAGCUGGAUCAUGAACGAAUACCGCCUUCCCCAUCACGACACCGAGCGUCUACAGAAGGCGGAGAUUUCGCUUUGCCGCGUGUACAAAAGGGCGGGAGUGGAAGACCACCCAUCCCUGCCGCGAUGCCUCCCUACGAAGGCGGCGGCGUCGUCUUCGUCGUCGAGAGGAUCGCGGAAGCAGCAGCCGGAGACGUCGAGGUACAUCUUCCAAGCGAACGCGGAUGGAAAAUUGGGGGAAACGAGCCCUACGAGCAGCACGGACAUCGGCACCUCGCUCGCGCUCUCGCACUACACAAUCAAUCAUCCGUUGCCUCCGAUCGCCGUCGACGGCCGAUCGAAGCAGCCUUGCCCGACGGAGAUCUUCGCCGCGGCGUCCAACUCCAACGCGAUCGACGAUCUCCACAAACUCGUUCAUAAUUACUCAUCGUCGAUCGGCCACUACAAUCCGGCUAGUGCGCCGAAUCUGGUCGCGGAUUUCACGGCUCUGCAGCCGCAGGCGGCGGCGCAUGGCGUGGUUCCGGCGGCGGCGGCGUAUUCGGAUCGGUUGUGGGAGUGGGGUGCGAUAUCGGAAUCGGAAUCGGAGGCGGGGAAGGACUUGAGCAAUCUGUUCAAGUAACUUUAACUGUUAUGAUUAGUAUGCACAUAUAAAUAUGACUGCUGAUGCUGAUUUUAUGUGGAUUGAGUUCUUCGUUUCCAUGAAACCUACUUACUUAUUUGCAGUGGUAAUAUAUAUAUUUAUGAUUUCGUUUU